GAUGCAUUACACGAGGAGGAAAGGGAGCUGAAGCGUGCGAUUGCUAAAACUAAGCAAGCAGAACGGGAACGUUUGCAACGGCGUUUAAAGGAGGCUGAGGCACGAAAAGUAGGAGCAGAUGCCGGUGAGAUUGAAGAACAAUUAGCUCUCAGCUUGGAACAGAGCCGCAGGCUAAAGACCGAACAGAUGAUAAAUUCUGGAGCUAAAUCGUCGCAGGACGAUUCUGCUGCUAUUCAGCCCGUAAUAGUCCAGAAUCCCGCUGAAUUUAUUUCUGAAAUGCUCGGCUAUAAGGCCCAAAGCAAGCUUAGAAAAAAGGUAAAUUGA